CUCAUGCACACAACACUCUAGAGAGAGAGAGAGAGAGAGAGAGAGAGAGAGGGAGAGAUGGCGGGAACCACCGCUUCGAAUACCGACACUGCCGCUCCCUACGAGGUCGACGAAUGCCGCGGUGUCCUCCGAGUCUACAGCGACGGCUCCAUCGUUCGCUCCUCCAAGCCGAGCUUCAACGUCCCCGUCCGGGACGACGGCUCCGUCCUCUGGAAGGACGUCCUCUUCGACCCGGCCCACGACAUCCACCUCCGCCUCUACAAGCCGGCCUCCGCCUCGGCCUCGUCCGCCAAGCUCCCGAUCUUCUACUACAUCCACGGCGGCGGCUUCUGCAUCGGCUCCCGCACCUGGCCCAACUGCCAGAACUACUGCUUCAAGCUCGCCUCCGAGCUCCACGCCGUGGUCGUGGCCCCCGACUACCGGCUGGCCCCAGAGAACCGGCUCCCGGCCGCCGUCGAGGACGGCUACACGGCCGUGAAGUGGCUCCAGGCUCAGGCUCUGGAGGCGAGCGACGCGUGGCUGGCCGACGUGGCCGACUUCGGGAGGGUGUUCGUAUCGGGCGACUCGGCCGGCGGGAACAUGGCUCAUAACCUGGCGGUCCGGCUGAGAGCCGGAGCUCCGGAGCUGGCUCCGGUUGUGGUGAGGGGUUAUGUGCUUUUGGCGCCGUUCUUUGGGGGAACUGUGUGGUCCAAGUCGGAGGCCGAGGGUCCUAAAGAUGCUUUCCUCAAUCUGGAACUCAUUGACAGGUUUUGGAGGUUAUCGAUACCGGCCGGAGACACAACCGACCACCCGCUGGUGAACCCCUUCGGGCCGUCGAGUCUCGACCUCGAGCCCCUCGACCUGGACCCGAUCCUCGUGGUGGCCGGCGGCGCCGACCUCCUGAAAGAUAGGGCCGAGGAGUACGCGGCGAAGCUCAAGGCAUGGGGAAAGAAGGUGGAGUACGUGGAGUUCCAAGGGCUGCAACACGGGUUCUUCACCAUCGAUCCCGACUCGCAGGAUUCGAAACGCCUGAUGCUCAUCAUCAAGCGCUUCAUCGACGACAACUCCACCUGAUGCACCCAUUUGAUGUAUAUUUACCCAAAUAUCAUCUCUUCUUACAUA